AUGGGGAUGGAGGCAGGUGCUCCUGCUCCUAGAUCGAGGAAGAGGAAAGCACCGGCUAUUCCCGGAACCGAUGGGGACGGAGGAGGCGCCGGCGGUGGCCGCCUCAGCGACCUUCCCGACGCCGUCUCGCUCAGGCCGCCUGCGAUGGAGAUGGAAACGGCGGUCGCGGCGGCGACUGCAGAAGGGGACGCCUCGGAAUCUACGGCGGAGGACCGCCUCAGCGGCCUUCCCGACGGCGUCCUCGGGGACAUCGUCUCGCUCCUCCCCACCAGGGAAGGCGCACGCACCCAGGUCCUCUCCUCCCGGUGGCGCCAUCUCUGGCGCUCCGCCCCGCUCAACCUCGAUCACCGCUCGCUCUGCGACCACCCGGACGACUUCAACGCCGUCGUGUCGCGCGUCCUCGCCGCCCACCCGGGCCCCGGCCGCCGCUUCUCCGCACCCGUCUACCACCUCUGGGGCGAUCGAGCCACCGCCGCGGAUGCCUGGCUCCGGUCCCCGGCCCUCGACAACCUCCAUGAGCUUGAGCUGUGCAGCUACAACUACAGAUUGCUGUAUCCGCCAGCGACGCCACAACCGCCGCCCAAAGCCGCCUUCCGCUUCUCAGACAGCCUCUGUGCUGCCACCAUAGGAGAGUGCUACCUUCCCCACAGCACCGUUCAGGGGCUUCACUUCCCUAAGCUUCAGAAGCUCGCGCUUGAGCGUGUCACUAUCUCCGAAUCCUCAUUGCACGCCAUGAUUGCUUCUUGCCGCACUCUGGAGUGUUUGCUGAUUCAGAAUUGCUUUGGCAUCCGUUGUGUCCGAAUCAACUCCAUUAGUCUCAGAGGCGUAGGUGUGAGAGCUUAUAAUUAUCGAAAAGAGCUCAACAUUGGGGAACUCGUCAUUGAGAAUGCCCCUUGUCUUGAAAAUUUACUCCACGGUGGUUUCCAUGAGUCCCCACAUAUAUCGGUAGUCUCCGCGCCUAAACUGAAGACUUUAGGCUGCCUCUAUUCUAAUUGUAAUACCACACUCGUGUUCGAAUCGACAAUUAUUCAGGUAGCUGCAGCCUUCAUGGGCCUUCUUAUCGGCAUUUUUGUGUUCAGAUGA